GAUAAUAGAUUAAAAGACAUAUUCGAAAUACGUCGAACUAUUUACUUAAAAAAUAAUAUCAUAUAAAUAAAACGUUAAUUAUUUGUAUUUAUUAAUUAAUAUAAAAUAAAAUUUAAAAUGGAUCAGCAUAGUGCAGAUUGUUGUAAAUGUCAUAAACAAGCAGCUCCAGCACAACAAUCUCUGUCAGAUAUGGAUUUUGACCGUGGCAUUUGGAACGCUGCAAUUUACAACGAAGCUGAUCGUGUACGGAACUUUAUAAAAAAUGGCAAAUGUAUGGAUCGUGAUAAUUGUGACUACACGGCAUUACAUUAUGCUGCCCGGAAUGGAAAUGCUGAAAUCUGUAAAAUUUUGGUGAACGAUGGCAAGGCUGAUGUUAAUGCAGUUACGAAAGGAGGUGUUACACCGCUACACCGUGCUGCUAUGAUGGGUCACUUGGAUAUUGUCAAAUUCCUUAUAACUUCAAAGGCAAACAUAAUGUUGCAGGACGAAGACGGUCAAACUGUUCUACAUCGUGCUGCUGCGCGUGGACAUUUAGAUGUUAUUAAGUAUUUAGUUGAGAUACGACCUGAAUUGAAGAAUGUUAAAGACAACAAGGAUAAAAUACCAUAUGAGUGUUUGUCCGAGAAUGCAAAUGAUGAUUUCAAAAUUUUACUUAAGCCUUGAAUGUUGUUAAAACACCGAAGUUGUUUAGAAGUUUUAGUACACGCUAGUAAAGUAUCGCACUCGAACAAAAUUGCAUUUCCUUUCCACUAAAUUACAAAUAAAGAGAAUAAUUACAACUUCAAAAACAUAAAUAUUUAUAUGAUAAGUUUUAUUUUAUUAAUUUUAUUCCAAAAAACAAAAUAUGUUUUAAUUUUUCAUAUUUUUUCGGAGCAUUUAUAUCUAAAAUAAAGUAUUAUACAAAAUUUUAUUAUCAACAUUAAUUUAAUC